AUGGGUUGUGGGUCCUCUGUCGCGACCAAUGCGAGGGAAGCGCAAAGGUCUCGACUCGUGGUGGAGGGUCAUGAUUGCAACGUGCCUGCAUUGCUACAGGAUUGCAGCGUUGCUUUCUUGGAACAGUUUGCAGCAGCAGCAGAAUGGAAGAAGUACGAGGCUAGCAGCUAUGUCAUCAACGGUCCAAACACGUUUUGCUGUAUGUUCUUCAUAAGCCGUGGAGAAGUCUCUGUUCAUGAUACAGGAAAGCAAACCAAGAAUUUGUCCGAUGGGGAUCACUUCGCAGAGACAAGCAUGUUGCUUAACGAGGAGGGUUACACAAUAGCCAUAGCAAACACGGACUGCGAGCUGUUAGUGCUGAAGAGAGAAGCUUUCUUCACGUUGCUUGAAGCAUGGACCAAGCUCGCACCAGCCCUGUUCUCCAACAUGGAUGACCGCGAUCAAAAGCACAUCUUAGAGAAGAAUAAGGGGGAAGGGAGCAACGGCAAGCCAUUUGCUCGCUCAAACUUGCAGAGGAAAAGCACAAAGCUAAUGUUGGACGAAAUCGUUUCGAGAAUGGCCGAAGUUCAAAGUUCGGAGGGCCAGGAGCACUUGAGCCGAUUUGUUGAGGUGACUUGA